CAAACACAAUGCAAGACAUCCGCGGUUCGGUUCGAAGAGACGUGACGGAAGGCCACGGUGACCAAUGGUCUCACGGAGAGUGCAAGACAUUCGAAGCAGUAUUAGUACCGAUAACACCGUUACCAACGUCGUUUGUCGAAGUGGACAACCUUUUGUGUUCAAGCCGGACAAGACAAGACAUUCAAGACAAGCGUAACUACCUCCUAGAUAGAGUAAAGCCAUCAUUGAAAGGAUGAAACGCAACGUGAGCGACGACGAGUCCAAACCCGCUGCCAAACGCCAUGGCACGGGUCCUCCGGAUAACAGUAGCAGUGGGAGUGGGAGCGGCAAUGGCGAGGACGAAGGAAACUCUCCCAACAACGGGCCGUCGGCUCCUCCCAACCAACCUCCCGUUCCCGCGGUCGAUGCGCCAUCCAACUUUCCCGAGCGUCUCAUGCAUGUGUUGCAGAAUGAUCUGGCCAAGGAAUCGUUGUGGUGGCUAGGAGAUGGAAAGGCUGUGGCGAUCCACCCCAACAGGAUCCAAUCCAAUAACAUCUUGCAGAACAAUUUUCAAAACGGUCGAUACUCGGCUUUUCUCGGCAACAUGAGUCGAUGGGGGUUUCGUCGCACAAGUGAUUUCGCUGUGCCGGAUUCGGUCUUGGCCUUUCAGAACAGUUUGUUCCGUCGAGAUCAUCCUCAGUUGGUCAGACACAUGCAGAUGGACAGUGAUGUUCAGGAUGUUUUUGCAAGGGCACAAAGGCAUACUAGUGGCAACGAGAGUGCUGCACAACUCGAUGCCGCCGCCAUGGCCGCGGCUGCCGUGGCGCAGUCUACAGCUGGCAAUAACAACAAUAAUAACAGUAGCACCAAUACCAGCAGUGAUGCAGGAUCCAACACUGGUCUGCAGCAGCAGCAACCACCACCACCACCACAACAACAAGCCAACAACAAUGCCGUCUUUGGUCCAGCUCCGCACCCACAGCAGCAGCAGCAGCAGGGAAACAAUGCCAAUAUUCAAGAACAGCUGGCCGCCUUUUUGAGAAAUCGCAUUGGUGCGGGGCAACAACAACAGCAGCAGCAACAACCACAAGCGCAGCAACAGCUUGCCAACAUGGCCAAUUCUGUCACUAUUCUUCAGCAACUCAUAGACUUGGGGCAACAGUACCUCAACGAACCAACUACAUCUGUCACAGAAAACUCCGUGGUUCGUACAUUGUUGCAGCUGCUUUUGGUGAUGGGAAGGCAAGAAAUGGCAAAGUUACAAGAGCAUGAACGAUUGAGAGCCCAGCAACAACAGCAGCAGCAGCAACCGCAACCACAAGAUCCUAUGCAACAGCUCUUGGCAGUGCUCACUCAGCAACAACAGCAGCCACAGCAAAAUCAGAACCAGGCAGCCGCCGCUGGCGCCAACAGCAACCAGCCAGCGCAGCAACAACAAAGUCAAAAUCCAGUAUUGCAACUUCAGCAGUUUCUCCUUCAGCAGCAGCAGCAAAAUCAGAAUGUUCAACAAAACACCCAACAGAGCGUUCAACAAAACAACCAACAACAGCAAGCUCAGCAAAAUACCCAGCAAGCUCAGCAAAGCGCCCAACAACAGAACGUUGCACAAAACCUUCAGCAGCAAAAUCAAAACCCUCAGCGAACGAUGCAGAAUGCCAACCAGUCCAGCAACAUGCAAAAUGCACCGAACCACCUGAACGCCGUCCCCAACAAUGCUGCCAGCAAUGCUGCGACGCCACAGAACCAUCCGCACGCCGGAAGUAAUCCAACUGCCUUGUCGCAAAAUCAGCAGCAAGCCAACAGUUCUGCCAAUAAUGCUACAGCUUUGUCCAUGUUGCAGAAUCAGAAUCAGACUCAACAACAAAACCAAGUGCAACCAAACGCGAACAUGUCGAUGCAAAGCGCUCAAAACCCGCAGCACAACCCUCAGGCGAACAUGAUGCAAAACGCCAACCAGCCUGGCAAUCCCCAAAACAACCAACAGAGCCAGCAAAUGCAGUUGCUACAACAGUUGCUGCAAAGACAAGGUAUGAUGCCAAACGUCAACCAGCCUGGCAGCAACGUUCAGAAUGCCCAAAACAACCCGAAUGCAGUCGCCAACAUGCAGAAUGCCCAAAACGUACAGCAUCCGCAGGCCAACUUAGUGCCGCCACCAAACAACCAGAACGCUGCUGCCAACAUGCCGAACGCUCAAAAUGUGCAACAACAGCAGGCAAACUUGAUGCAGCAAAACAACCAGAAUACCCUACUUCAGCAGUUACAGCAACAACAACAGCAGCCACAGAAUGCCCAACCACAGCAGCAGCAGCAGCAACAACAACAGCAACCAGCAAACAACCUCAUGCAGCUGAUGCAGUUACUGCAGCAAAGGCAGCAGCAGAAUCAUUAAACUGGAAGGGAUCCUCAGUCUGGCUAAAAUGAGCCAGGUUGCAGUACAUUUCAUACAUUAGAACGUUAAUUUCAUUUUGGUACCCUCAAAGUUUUCGGGCCAUAGUCGUCGGUACGAAUUGCUUGGUGCAAAGAAUGAAAGAUGUACGGUAGGUACCGGUGGCUAGCUAGUAGGUCCUCCGUAUUCUUUUUUGCCUACUGUGUCAUUGAUUAGCCAAUGUAGUUUCUACUGGUAGCACCGAUGGAACGCGAAAGUUGUAGGGCAUGUGCGCCGCACGUGCAGCGAACUGGAUCGCAACACACUCUGUCGAUCCACACGGGCAUCGCGAUGCUUGGAGUAAUCCACAAUCAGACUCUUACUAUUAUUGGCCGCCAUGGCUUCGGAUGUCACCUUGUUCGC